AUGGCCGCAACCCAAGCCAUCAGAUGCUUGCUUCUCAGAGGAACUGAUAAACCUGAUGACAUUCAUCAGCUGUGCAAAAACAACACUACCCAGUGGCAGAAACUCGAUGACACUUUGACCGGAUUACCGGUGACUGUGUCUCAAUACAACGAGCUGUUUGUUAAUCUCUGGGUUAAACACCCCUUACAUGCGAUCUACUUCAUGCAUCACCUAAUUGGGCGGAAAGACUCGAAGAAGCCAGACUUUCUUCAUAAAGCGCUAGACGAGUCUGAAGCCCCGGCGCUCAUCGCAAGAAUGCUUCGAGAAGGCGAUUUUGUCUCUAUUACAGCUCAGUGGAUGCAAGCGGAUUGGCCGGACGUGAUCAAAAAUAUAUUUGAAGAAAGCGAACAUUUCCGAAACAAGGUGAUUCAAAAUGGUGGCCAGGGAUUACUGUCGUGUUCAGCGGGGAAGUUAACGCACCCUGGUGCAAAGCAUCGUCGGAAGCAUCGCCUUGAAGGGAUAAAGAAUAUACGCUUGAUCUCGGCGAGUUUAGGCGAUGAAGAAAUGCAGAAACUACUAAAUAACGAUAAAAGCAACUGGAUAAAAGAUCUAGUGUGCAAAGCAAAGUCAGGCCAUCGACAUAUCAUCUCGUCUCUCAGUCACCUUUCCGAUAUAAAACCUGUCAGAGAAGCGAUGCUGCCUGAGAUCCGUGACCUUGUAGGCGAGCUUUUGGAAACGAAGGAUUUUGAAAACGGUGACAUCAACAUACAUUCAUCCCUUCGCCUUCUCACCGCACUGGUGCAUGACGGGCUCGGAGGAGCAAAUGGCGCCGAGGAUUCAAUCUGCUAA